AUGACACGCGACGCCGCUCUUGGCAUGAACUUCUAUGAGCCGCGCACCUAUCGCACUCGCGCGAAGCUUCGAAUUCCGGCGGAUCACACCAAAGAUACUUACGAAGUCGACUGCCUUAUCCACAAGAGACACCCAGAGAACUCCGACGAACCGGAGUAUCGGGUGCGAUGGGCCGGGCUGGACGGAAUUGGCAAUAAGUGGCUGUCGACCUGGCAGAUCGCGAGCGUGAUAGGGGAUGUCUCGAUCGAGGAGUAUGAGGCUAGCCACGCGCAGCCCGAGCAUAGGGAGAUGGACGUCGAUACUGCAGCCGUGGCCUCCCCCGAGCCCGGUCCCUUUACCAUCAACACCGCCCGCGCCCCGGCACUUCCAGCCACGCCAGCUGUGCAGGCAAAGAAGAAGGAGAAUGCAAGGGACAAAGAGAAGCGGAAAGGGAUGAAGAGGGCAGUGCAAGACGAUAACGGCAUGUGGUCAGUUCUGAGAGAGAGUCAAGACAAACAGAAGAAAGGGAAGGGCAAGGAGAAGAAGAAGGCUCAGAAGAGCGCAGGGCCACGUUACAACGUCUUUGAUCAUGUUAGGAGGAAGGACGGACUCGGGAUCGGAAAGGACAAAUUCAAGGUGGGGGGUUACGCAGCGCAGACUCGCCGGCUAUCCUGGCAUUCCCGACCUUGCCAUGCCUGA